GCAUUAUACUUUAUCUAAUGCACACACGAUAUCCGAUAUGAAAAGUUGAAGUAUAAUGUAUACAUAAUAGCUCUAUGAGAAAUAGCAUUGCAAGAAAUUUCGAUUUUAUCUAUUGCGUGACUUUGCGUCGUAAAUUGUUCCAUUUAAUUGCAAUUCUUAUCAAGAGGUACGGUAGUGCCUCGCGCCAAGUCAUUACAUAUACCGCGGGAAUAUAUUUCUCAAACGGAAAAAAAGAAAAAUGUUUGUGGAAUAAACUCGUGUUCUUAUUGCGAUCAUACGAGAUUGUAGAUAUGUGUGAUGUAAGGUUGACGCCCAUUGACGGGAAGUCCGAUGAAAGAUCCGCGAACGAGGUCAAUGCUCAUUUGAAUAAUAGUGAUGUUCACACACGAAUAAGGAUAUCGCGAGGAUGUUUGAUCAUUGGUGAGUAUAAGGACGUAUGUACAUCGACUGUUGAGCACGAGAAUCAUCAUCUUCUCGCGACUGCGACUGAAGAAAUGGAAUUAAAGAAAAAUAAAAGGCUUGAGGAGACAACUUUCAAUAGCUUCGAUGGCAAAAAGCUGAUCAACACAACUGAGGAAAAGGCACGCUCUGAGAAUACUCACAUAGAAGCGUUCGAGUUCAAGAAGACUAUUGAAGAAUCGAAGGGAAGAAAACGGGUAUUCUCCUUGUUCGACACACUGAUCGCUCUGGUUGUAAUUGGACCUUCGACAGUCGGUUUCUGGAGAGGAAUCUGGACAUGGAUGGACCUUCAUAGGGACUUAUUUCCCGCCUGGUUUUGCUUCAUGACUGGAGCUACUUUGCACGUGCUAUUUGCGUUCUUCAAGGAUCGCUUCCAUAUCAGGUAUAUGGACGAGUGGACUAAAUUAAACACGUUCAAGCGAUUGCCUUAUCGCGCGCUGCAAAUUCUGUAUACAUAUACCUUCGGUGUAGCCUGCAACGCGCAUUGGCGGGGUUGCUGGAUCAUCAUCGACGAUUACUUUUUUAUGCACUUAUGCGUUGAAGCCUCUUUUCCGCGAUGCUGAUUGGUCAUCUCACUCGCGUCUCGCGUACGCGGCUUGCUUUGCACGCCGGUUGCGGCUGUCAUCGAGCGAAGUUCGUUUUGACAUCUCGAUCGCACGUUAUAUAUGCAGCUUACUUCUCGUGCGAUAUAAUGUGUCAUUGUGUCGUUGAAAGAAGGAAAAGAAGAAACUGAGAAAACUAUAAAAAGGGGGAAAAAAGAGAAGGAACGUACGAAGGAUAGUGCGUUCUUUCUUGUUAUCGCAUGCAAUUUUGCGACUAGAGGAUUCCGAAUCUUGCUCCUGCAGCCAAGUAA